AUGCCAACAUGGAAUUUGUUAGCCGACCACUAUGGGAAAAUUCCACAUAACGAGCUUGUAACAAUAGCUAAGGUACAGUGUACUUGAAGUUCAACCUUUUGGUGACUACUGUAAAACUCGGAAAACUGUGAAUACCACAAAUAUUUCUGGAAUGUUAUUGUGUUGCGAGGAAAAAGUCAAUCAAGGGUAAGAAAACCAAAUGUCAAACAGCAACCUUAAUUUAGUUUGUGGUUUUGUGGCUUGCAUGCAUGUUCUGAUCUUUGUUGUGAUUGGUCAUAACACAAUCAUUUCUGAAAUAUUUCAGCUGGUUUUCACAGCUUUUUGAGUGUAACAGAAAUCAUUUAAAAGUCCUGGUAACAAGUUGCUUUAAGUAUUUAAACAGAAAAUUUUACCAGCUCCUAGUUGUAUAAUUUUGUGGUUCAACUUUAUCCUUGGCUCAAAUUUUAAUUUAGUUAGUUUUUGGGUAUGGUAAUGUGUUAAUAAUUACUUCGAAAAAGAGGACAAAGUUUUUCUUUUAUAUUUACAUGUAGACAUUGAACCACAACAUGUACAUCAGUUAUUGUAUUGAAAUCAGUUGAUACAUCUUUUCCUCAGGUGGAUUGUACAAAAGAGACUCCUCUCUGUGCAAAACAAAAUAUUCGAGCAUAUCCAACGUAAGUUGUAAGCAAUACUUAAUAUAACUCUACAGAAAGCUCUGCUAGACAAAUAUGUACAAAAUGUUAAAGUUUGUGUUAGCCCUUUCAAGGAAAACCCUACAAUCUUGGACAAAACUGUUGAGAAAAUUGCAUAUUUGGGGGGCAUUUUUUCUGAACUUCGUAGCCGACGGAUUCUUCCCUCCCCCCCUCCCCCUGGAAGCAGUGUUGUUGGGUCUUCAAAAGAAAGCCGGAUCCCUAAGCAUUUGUAGGAAACAACUUUGAAUUGGGGGAGGCGGUAUUCUUUACGCAAAGCCGUUGAUAUGGAAAUAGUUUUGUUGCGUUUGGUAGUGUGCUUAAUGAAAACAUUUUCUCAAGUAGUUUUGUCCAGGAUUGUAUUUGACUGGAAAAGUCGAUUUUGAGCAUUUACCGCCGACACAUAAAUCUGUUCUUUAUAUAUUUCGUACAUUUCACAGAAAAGUAGAUACUUAAGGGGAAAUAAGUGACAACAGAGGAGUUGAUGACAAGAAAAUCAACUUGUCUGUCUUUCUUGAUUCAAGUCACGGCCAGUCGUGAACGUUUGUGAAUUUCAUUUUCCAUGCAGGGUUUUUACGCGCGCUUUGAGUGCAGAGGAGCAGGCAUACAUUACGUUUUUGGCCGACGAGAAGGACGUCUCCGUCAAGGAGAUUAGCCACGAAACGGGAAUUUCACCUGCUACAAUUCGACCAACAGAUAACACAUGAAAGUUUUGCUGAAUUUUCAGAGCGCGUGACACAUACUUUGAACAAUUUUCCCAUCGCCGAAAUAGAUAAAACAAUCGAAGUCAACGAGCAAGUGCUUGCCAUUAAUAACAGCAUGAAAUGGAGAGGUUGUACCAAGAUUAGCAACGUUUAACAACGGUUAACAAGGACGUUUCAUAAGAAUUCAGAAGGUCAUUUACUUUUAAAAACGAAAUUUUGAAUCAUAAAUCAUAUGCUCACAUUAGAAACGUCAAAAAGCCAGCUUUUGAAUAUCUCUUACCUGUGCCAGGCUCUUAGAUAAUAGGGAGGUCGCUUAGGCGGCAGGAUUUGCGGGCGAGUGCUGUUGUUUUCUGGUGGUGGAGCCGUGAAAAGUUUGGGGGAAACGCAGAGAAAGUACCCGUACAUAACGAUCCGGUCAGUUCCGCAGGCUAAGGCCGAGCGAAAAUAGAUCGCGCGUGAUCUGGGGAAUGAGAGCGGUGUUUUGUCUUCCCCGCGUGUUUUUCCCUUCGGUUUUCACCAUCUCUGCACAUUACUGUCUUGGGGCCUGGAACAGGCCAGAUUCUCUUAUGGUAGAAAAUUUACUCUAUCAGCUCAGGUGAUAAAACCGUAUUUGGUAAUUGUUCCUCAAUCACGAUUUUCAUGUGAAAAGGAGCGUAAAAACAAGCUUGUUCACACUGAAAAUGGCAAGCGACAGAUGGGAUGCGUAAUUAACAGCGGGUUCUCACACAACAAUCACAGUCUGAAAUGUUAUCCGGGUCUUCACUCCGCCCCUCAGCGGGUCUCUCUCGCCUUGCCGCCCGUUGGGGUUGAGGCGAAGUGACGGAUGACAGUUCAGACUAGCGAUCAUACAACGCGGCAAGUAAUAGAGCGUUUUCACAUGACGUCAUGGAGGCCAUUUUGGUGUUCCAAAACAAUGAAACGGCCGUCAUGUUGGUGUUCCAGACAAAUCCUGUAGGAGUUGGACUCUGUUCUUAUGCAGGUGGUGUGCGUCACGAGAUUCGACCAAUCAGAAUGCGUUAUUUGUGGAGUGAUUUUCGCGCUGGGGAAGAGCCGUUUUCAGAGGUGUAUAUGGUGAAAUUUUCGAUUUAUUCCAAGGUUGUGUAGGCAAUUUCCACACAAGGCUAUACCGCCGUGGAAAGUUGUUGGAACACUUUACCUUGAUGGUAGUUAAGUUACUUUUAAAUAUUUUGCUUUCUUGAGCGUUUGUGACAAAUUUGAAUUGUUCGGUCAUGUGCACGCCGCCAUGAUGAUUCGAGUCUUGUUUUUGCCGUUCUUCUUGGAUUCAUUGCUGGUUACUGUUAAGAACGUAUCUAAAUUUGCAUGUCUAGCCUCUCCCCAUGUAACAGAAUCAGGAUUCCGGAAUCGGGGAAAUUUUUACUUGUGGAAACGCCAAUCCAGGGCUUUGGAAUCCGGGAUCCCACUAACGAUUGAAUCCGGAAUCCAAGUUCCACUGACAAAGAAUCCGGAAUCCCGUACAUGGAAUCCGGAAUCCUGAGUCCAGGGCGUGGAACCCAGUAUCCACGAUUGUCUAGGAUUCCCUUCUAGUCUAUUUGGUAAUAAAAUCAUUUCAGUCGAAUCUAUUGUAGGUCUACAUGUAGCAGCUCACGACUUGGACAUUCCAUGGAUUAUAAUUAAAGGCAUUUCAGAGUACAAAGAUGGCAGAAAAUCCGAUAC